UGGAGGCCGUUCGGCUAAUGGAGGUCAGCGAGGGUGAUCGCUGCCCCGGUCUCGCGUCAUGGAGAGCCCGGGUUGCUGAGCAUGGGGAACAAGACUGAGGCGGAAUUGUUGAAAGAAACAUGAAUAUGUAACAUGUUCUCGAAGAAGGUCGCGUUUUCCACGACUUGAAAAAAGGACCUUGGAAUCGCUUGCUAGGAGUCUUCCCUCCCUCCCUCUCCCCACCCCCACCAUCAUGGCGGUCCGCCUGAUGAAGCAGUGUGCAUGCCUGUUGAGAGAAGCUACCCGUCUUGUCCCCGCCAUUGCUCCAGUUGGCCAACUGAGACUUGCCGGGGUAGCCUGUAAGCAUUUGACCUCCUCAGUCAGUUCCCCCUCCUCGGGUUCCUUGACGGAGCUGCUGGGAAAAGAGCAAGUGUUUACACCCUACCCAGAAAACCAAGAGGUGGACAGCCUCAUUGAGAAAGCCACCAGGCCAGAGGAACUGCUACAGCUGCUAGGUGGGGGUCAUCGCCUGCACCACAACCACGCGGCCCUCAUACUCAUCCGGCUCUCUUACCUGCUGUCCGAGAAGCCGAAGGAGAAGGCUUUGCUUUUAGAGGAUGCUCGUUUUCAGCAGCUUGUCAGUCAGGUCAACAGUCAGAUAGCUUCGAUCUGGCAUGGGACCCUUGUGAAGCUGCUGCGGAGCCUGUACAUGCUCAUGCUUCCUCAGACCUCCAAGGAGCUACAGUCGGUGGAACAGGAAGUACGCUGGCGUCUGCGGAGGCUCAAGUACAAGCACUUGGUCUACCUGGCUGAGUCCUGUGCCUCCUUCAUGCAACAGCAGCACUCGCAGGAGCUGCUGGCUGAGCUGCUGAUACACCUGGAGAGGCGCUGGACAGAGAUCAAUGACAGCCGCACGGUAGUGACCAUGAUGAUGAAGGCAGGACACCUUUCAGAGUCACUAACGAACCGCCUGGAAGACAAGUGCCUGGAGCUGGUGGAGCAGUUCGGCCCUGAUGAGCUACGAAAGGUGCUGGUGACGCUGGCAGCACAGAGCCGGCGGUCGGUGCCCCUGCUGCGGGCCAUCUCCUACCACCUGGUACAGAAGCCCUUCCCGCUGACGAAAGGCAUGCUCCUGGACCUGGCCUAUGCCUACGGUAAACUCAAUUUCCACCAAACCCAAGUGUCCCAGCGCCUAGCUGCUGAUCUCCUGCCCUUCAUUCCCAGCAUGACAUUUAGCGAGGUGGCCCGUUGUGCCAAGUCCUUUGCCUUCCUCAAGUGGCUCAACCUGCCCUUGUUUGAAGCCUUUACUCAGCACCUGCUGAGCAGAGCCCAGGAUGUCUCCCUGUCCCACCUGUCCAGCAUUCUUCUCGCUUUUGCCCGUCUGAACUUCCAUCCUGAGCAGGAGGAUCAGUUCUUCACCUUGGUGCAUGAGAAGCUGGGCUCCAUGCUGGGGAGCCUGGAGCCAGCCCUCCAGGUGGACCUGGUGUGGGCACUGUGUGUGCUGCAGCAGGUUCGAGAAUCAGAGCUGCAAACAGUUCUCAAUCCUGGACUUCACAAACAAUUUCUAGAGAGCAAGUCUCCAAAGGAGCAGAGCACCUUCCAGAAGUUGGUCCACAUCAACACCACCGCCCUGCUGGAGCACCCUGAAUAUAAAGGCCCUUUCCUGCCAGCCUCAGCUGUAGCCCUCGGUCCCUCGUCCUCUACCAAGAAGAUGACACCGCUACAGAAAGAGUUGCAGGAGACACUGAAGGCGCUGCUGGGGGGCACUGACCAGGGCAGCCUGGACGUGAUCACCCAGUAUGGCUGGGUACUGGAUGCAGAGGUGCUCCUGGAUGCCGAUGGCCACUUUCUGCCCCUAAGAGAUUUUGUUGCUCCUCACCUUGCCCAGCCAGUAGGAAACCGACCACUGCCCCCAGGAGCUAAAAGGAUCGCUUUCCUGCGCUGGGAGUUCCCUAACUUCAACAGCCGAAGCAAGGAUUUGUUGGGCCGUUUUGUCCUAGCUCGUCGACAUAUACUGGCUGCAGGCUUCCUAGUAGUAGAUGUACCAUAUUAUGAAUGGCUGGAUCUCAAGUCUGAAUGGCAGAAAGGCGCCUACCUCAAGGACAAGAUACGAAAAGCAGUGGCUGAGGAGUUAGCCAAAUGACCUUUCCCAUUGCUUCAGACUGCAUCCCAGAGACCUGACUGUUCAGUGGCCCAGCAGUGAGUGCUGGCAAGACAGAGUUGUCACCCUGAAGCAUGAACCAUCUCUAUAGGACCUUGGCCAGAGCAGUGGGGUGGCCAGCAGCUCCAGAACAGGUGGACCUAAUAAAUCUGUGGUUUUGGUGGGUGCCAGGUAUCCUCCUGGGCUCUUUAUGUGUCUCCUCUAUCCCUGCCCCCCUGCAUUUUGGACACACAGACCCUACCUCCUUCCCCAGUGUGCGCUCCUCCUCCAGCUCCCCAAUAAUGUCUGUGUGGUGUGGCCUAGCAGAGGGCUGACUUGGGAGACAAAACCUGGGUCCUGGACAUGUGGACUCCAGGAAUUAGAAGCUUCCCUGGAAACCCACUAGACUAGAAGUGUGAGCACAAUUCUGAUUGUGGACCUGAGAGGUUCCCUCCAUGCCCAUGUGACUACAGAGUAUCUAGUGGUAGGUAACUGCUGGUCUGGGAGCAUUUGGAAAAGAGGAAAGUUCACUUGGCUGACAUUACAAGGUUCGUGGCCAGACGGUCACUCUGAUGGUAGCCUUAACCAUAUAGACAAGUCAGGAACCACCAGUUGAAGAUGGCAGCCUAAGCACUUGUUGGAUAGCAACAGAGUAUCUACCUUUACCGGAGACUCCCAUGGACAAUGCUUGCCCAAAGGGGAGUCUGAAGAUGGAAGUUCUUGUCCUGCUCGGUGCAUUCCUUCCAAAGCACCAGUCCUCACCCUCUGUGUGGCU